AUGUCUUCCGGCGCCAGUACGGAGGGAAAAUGCUUGCCAGAAGACAGCGAUAUUUCGUGGGUAUUGAUAUCAUCAGUUCUUGUCUUAGGAAUGAUGCCGGGUUUGGGUUUUUUUGAGGCUGGUCUUCUUCGUUCCAAAAAUACAACUUCCGUUUUUGCCCAGAUAUUCAGUGGAUGUGCCGUUCUUUCCGUACUAUGGGUGUGUGCCGGAUAUUCCCUAACGAUGGGUAGGUCGGCAGGAGGUAAAGGUAUUAUCGGUACUUUUCGGCGUGCCUUUAUGAUGAAUGUGGACUACAAUACUUGCUAUGGUGGAACUGUGAUUCCAGAGGCUUUGUUUGCCUUUUUUCAGAUGAUGUUUGCAACAAUAACACCACUUCUUAUGACUGGUGCCUAUGCAGAGCGAUUGGCCUUUCGCCCAUUUUUGUUUUUUACAAUUUUAUGGGAGAUUAUUGUGUACUUUUUUGUCGCUCACUGGGUUUGGGCACCUGAGGGCUGGAUGCGCGGAAUGGGUGUACAAGAUUUUGCUGGAGGCAUUGUGAUUCAUGUUACUGCUGGGGUUUCAUCAUUAGUAUGCGCCGUUGUUUUGGGACGUCGUCGAGAUUUUCAUAUUCAUAGAGGGGAAGCUCCUUACUCCUCUCUUCCUCUUACUUGUAUUGGGGCUACCAUGCUAUGGACUGGAUGGUUUGGGUUCAAUGGGGGGAGUGCUCUUCAGUCUGGAAAAGGAGCCGUUUAUGCUGUGAUUAAUUCGCAGGUGGCAGCGGCCGUUUGUUCAUGCUGCUUUCUGUUUUUUCAUAUGCUGCGAACCAAAAAGGCGAGUCUUAUUGCCAUGAUAAAUGGAGCCAUUGCAGGUUUGGCUGGUAUUACUCCUACUUCCGGCUAUAUUACUGUACCUAGCUCUAUUAUAUGUGCUUUUUUUAUUGCAGUUUUUGCAACCGUAUCUGUUUAUUUGAUCAAACACAAAUUACGCAUUGAUGAUGCGCUUGAUGUUUCCAGCAUCCAUGGGGUACCCGGAUUGGUUGGGGCCGUUUUUAUUGGGUUUUCCGGAUCUUCAGCCGUCGGUGGUGCGGAUGGGUUGCUUUACGGAGGAGGUAUAAGACUACUUGGAUUACAAUGCCUGGGUUGUAUUGUGGCUGCUACAUGGGCAGGAUUUUGGACAUUUGUUAUAUUACUUAUCAUUGGGCGAUUUUAUCGACUACGAGUAACAGACGAACAGGAACACCACGGGCUAGAUCACGGACAGCAUAGCGAAGUUGCAUGGAUUUUACAGGCGUCAAAUGUUGGAGGAGACGCUUUACCAAUAAAGAACCGAAAACGCGUAAAACAGGUUCGAAACAGCAGCCUGUUUAUUGGAGAAACUGGCACAUACAUUGUAGAAAAAGAAAGGGGUGACUCUAUCUUGGUAGUUGAGAGAGUGAAUAAUGACGAAGUUGACAUUGAUGACGACCCUCGCGAAGAGGGUUUUAAUACAAUGACUUUGGCAGUGAAUGCUGAUGCAAGGAAUGAGAUUACUACCGAUAUUGACGAACGGCUAAUCAAUUGCAGCUGA